CAGAGAGAGAGAGAGAGAGAGAGGGAGAACUUGGAAGUUAGAGGAGCGUAACUUGCAUUGACGUUUACCACGCGGAGAAGCGCCCGUGUACGAGAGAACCAGCCAGGGAGUAAGAGUAACAGAGAGGGAGUGAGAAAGAUAGAGGAAGAGGGGGAAGGCUCGUGUACAAACCGGGACGGGGACGCAACAGUCGCUCGGCGCACUUUGUGCUGGAAUCAUCUAUGAAGAUGCCGCUUUUAGAUAAUAGAUCUGACGUUUCGUGAUUACUAUUCCUAUUAAUUAUAUUAUCAUCAUUCAUUGAUAUUACUAUAGUUUUCCAUUACCCCUUAACAUUUUUUUGUACUUGUCAUUUUCUCAUAGCAAUCACGUUCUACCUUCAUUAUAAUCGUGUUACCACUUGAAUCGUGAACCAGGAAGGCAAAGAGCACCGUUUUCCCCCUUCAUUCAUCAAACCUUUCGUUCAGAUCAAUCGUCGUUUUCAACAUCAAGAAAAUAUGCAGAACAUUUCUUUUAAAAAUUCCUCCGUCAAACUGGAUUUACAGCGCAUUUGUAAAUGGCGUUUAUGAGAAAGCAAACAAAGUGGACGGAAUCAGGAGAAAUAAGUCUGGCUUAGUGUCGCCGACCUCGAAUCGUCGAAUAUCCGUAAAUAUUUGUUCGCUGAAAAAAAAGUUAAGUGAGUUUAACCUUCAGCAAUGGCAACAUUGACAGCGUCAACCGAAAGGAUGGAGUUACCGAAAGAUAUCCCUCAAAAAAGAUUCAUCAACACGAAUUUGAUAUCUUUGAAAUGUCUUUUAUUCCUCUUUUUUGGAGGAUUAGGUAGUCUCUUUCCGUUUCUUCCACUUCACAUGCAAGAAAUGGGAUUGAGCAUAGAAGAGAUCCGACUGAUUUCGAUGAUUUCACCAGCUGUAGCACUUCUUGGACCACUUGUCGCUGGUCCAAUAGCAGAUAAACUUGCAGGACAUCAAGGAAAAAAUGAAAAAUCAUCAACCGGUCGUUAUUUAAGAGUAAUGAUAGCUAUUUGUUGCGUCCUCUCAGCCAUCUUUUACGCAGCCUUGCUACUUUUACCGUCCAUUGAGAAAACGGAAUCAUCAACAGUCAUGGACAAAAUUGAGACAACUAAUAAUAGUCCAGGUUUAAAAUUUAGUUGCGACGAAAAUGGUGCUAUAGUACAGCAAGAGAGAUGCAAGGAAGAUAUGGAUUGUCAUCGUUGGUCUAACGAGGACAAGAUAGGCGCAUUGCUUUUAGAGAACUGUAAUUACGCUUGUUAUCCGAUCGCUACGAAACGAUGGCAAUCAUCGGAAUCCGAAGAAGAAACCACGUCUGAUCAACGAACCGUUGAGCCAGAAAUCGAUGAAGAAGGUAGUGCUGAUGCUACCGUUACUCCUUUAGAUAUUGGAGGGGAUUAUGAUGUUCAGGAUUUAGGAGAGUCCAAAAAAAUCCGUAGAUUUAUAAUACCCGGAAACGAACCACCCCAUCUUUGUUUCAAAGACGGCGACAACGUGGUUUGUCACGUUUACACUGAAUACUCUGAAGAUUUAUUAUUAAACGUUAGUUUAAAACAAGCUAUUAAUGCGGAAGAUAGAGAAGCUUGGUGCGCGUAUCCUGUUACGGAAUACUUCGAUUGUCGAAUACCACCUGAACUUGAGACGAGAAUGGUCGAAUAUAAUAAGACUUGUGCGAUAGAAUGUGACUUAAAGGAUCCUUACGUUACUCCAGGUAGCAUAUUAGCUGAGAGUCAAUGCUCACAACCGUCCGGGCUAGCUGAGUUAACAUUUUGGACUUAUUUAGUAAUUCGAUCGAUUGCUGACAUUUUUCCAACAACUGCUGUAGCCUUGGUAGAUGCAGCAAUUGUUAUAGCAACUCGAGAAACUUCUUCGGGUCGCGGAGACGUUGGACGACAAUUAGCAUUCGGUUCUCUUGGAUUUGCCAUUUUUGGUCCACUCACUGGUUAUCUUAGUACUCUUUUACAAGGUGCAAACAGAACUUACUAUCUACCAAUCUUAAUACACGCCGGACUGAUGCUUCUCGUAGCAAUAGUUGCUUUAGCAGCGAACAGUAUGCCACUUAGUCCACCUGAAUGGUGGUGGCAUACUAGGAGUGGAAUGUUAGCCUUGCCUAUGAGCGCUAUCAAAAGAUAUGGUAGCGAGACUGCUGCUCUUGUCAUUGUCCUUGUUGUAAUGGGUAUUUUCUGGAGUGCUAUGGACAGUUAUUUACCACUGUAUCUUCAAAGGCUAGGAGGUGAUGGAUUAUCUAUCGGUGUUGCUAUGACUGUUGGAGCAGUCCCUGCAUUCCUAUUUCUUUGGAAAUCUGAACAUCUCGUUGAUUACUGUGGUCAUAGUAAUUUACUCAUCACUGCCUUUACCGUUUAUAUUAUUAGGUUUACUGGACUGAGUUUUGUCGGAGGACCAUGGUGGUCAUUAAUUUCCGAAGGUUUAGAAGUAUUCACAUUAGGUAUCAUGUGGGUUACUGCAAUUCUUUAUCUGAGACAUCUCGUCCCUCGUCAUUUAACAGUAACUGCUCAAGCUUUGCCUGUGAUUGCUCACUUUUGCAUUGGUCGAUGCAUCGGUGCUGUAAUUGGAGCUUACAUAAAUAUCGAAAAUGCUAGUGCAGUUGAUUCAUUGAGAUUUGUAUUCCGUUGCAUGGCCGUUGCUGCAGCAAUUGUAGCUGCAUCGUACUUUAUACUUUAUCACGGUUUAUUAAAACCACGAUGUCAUGCUCAAACUGUUCAAGGCCCAAGACAACCUCCCUCAAUUGUAUUAGCAGCCAUGAAUGGAAAUGGUAAUUAUACACCAUUGAGGGUUUAUCAUAAUGGUAUGGGUAGAAAAGGUCAAUUCAGAUAUUAAAUACCAUGUAAAAAAAUUAAAAAAAAUAUAUAUAUAAACGAAAAAUGACCUAAUUAAAGAUCAAUGGUGCUUUCACCUUUAUAUCGUUCUAAAAUACAUAGAUAUUUUUUUUAUAUUUUAUUUUUAA